UAAAAGUUUUGAACAUGCUUGAUAGAGAAAGUGAGUCUCAGUAUUUUCUCUGGGUGAAAGCUAUUGACCUGGACAAUGAUAUUGAACCAGACCCCAUCCGGCAGAGAUCCAGCAUUGCUAUGGUCACAGUCUACAUUCUGAAUGUGAACGAUGAACCUCCGAUCUGUAGGCCACCCUAUUAUAGCAAACCUAUAUACUCUACUAUUAAAACACCCAUCUUGCAGUUAAAUUGCUCAGACAAAGAUUCUUCCCCUCAUCAGCUCAGCUACACUAUUGUGGGAGGCAAUACCCAUUCUCGGUUCAAACUUGAGAGAUUAGGCUCUGGCUUACCUUCUUUGAUGACGACACAGAACUUCCAGUAUGAUGUGUUUCAAGGAAUUCAGGAUCCCACCACAUUUCAGCUGCUGAUAGAAGUGGCUGAUGAACUGCAUGGCAGUUUAGCUCACCGCUUGUCCACAACAGCGACUGUAAUAUUGCAUGUGGUUCCCUGGAGAACAACCAGGCCUUCAACCACCACAAAAACAACCACAACUGCCGCUACCACCUCAGUGCUGAUUCAGACUUUAUAUUACUGGCAUCCCGAAAACUGGUUUCCUGUUGUCCUAACUAUAGCAGGAGCCCUCCUAGUGAUGUGCUUGUAUAUGGCAGUGUGGGGUUGCUUCAAAGAUGUUCCCAAAUGUGGAAGAUUCUUUCCACAGUGCUGUAUCGACCAAAACCAACCUCCAGUCCUGAACGCUGAAAAACAUGCCAGUUCUCCAGGCAAAAUGAAUCCAACUGUGAAUCUACUGCAAUCAGAUGCGACAUUCAGAAAACUGUCUGUGAGCUCCGAACCCUCUAUCAUUUAUGACGGUUGUGCAAUGGAUCCAGCAACAGGACUGCAGUACCUCUUUAACAGUAAAACGGGUGAAGUGCAGUGGCUAAACCAGGAGACCUCUACUAUGUAACGGUUACUUCCUGCUAAUACCAACACUUUUCACAUCUCUUCUGUCUGACAGCCCCAUAUGUAUGGACAAAAUGGCUUUCAAACAAUUCACCUGGAAGUGGGAAGUUAUUGAUCAAACUAUCUGACCAUCUAAUAGUCAAUAAUGAAGUCAUGGAAUUUGGGCAUUGAAAGUAAUGUUCUCAUUUUGAAUGUUUCCAUAGAAUUAUUUACCUGGCUUAUGUGGUUGUUAUACUUGUGCUUUGUUGCCAAAUACAAAUUCAUUUAUUUCCUUGA